AUGUCGGCAAUAUGUGACCAUGACGAUCGGGCCAAAGCCAAAGUGUUUUUGGUUUCUAAUGCCAAAUAUGAGCAAUAUUCCUUAAGAAAGACGGAAAAUAACAUAGCCUCGAAAGGUCACGGUGAUGCAGCAUACAUCGCAAGGAGAAAGUUCUUGAACGAUCAGGCGAUGGAAUACAGACACGGCGAACCUAUUCCAUAUGUGGACUAUUCGAAAGAAGAACAUGAAACAUGGAGAGUUGUCUAUGAAAAACUCCGAAAUCUACGUGAAUCACACGCUUGCUAUACCUACAGGAAAAAUCUCAAACUUUUGGAAGACGAAGGUGUUCUAUCGCCGAAUAAGAUUCCACAAAUAAGAGACGUUAAUAAGUAUCUCCAGAGUAAGCAGAGUCUUCAGCUGCAAAACGGUUUCCAACGGAACGAUGACUUUUCAGAGAAAACUGGUUUCAUUCUUCGGCCGUGUAGUGGCUUGCUAUCUGCACGGGAUUUUCUGGCCAGUCUAGCGUUUCGGGUGUUCCAGACCACCACCUACCUACGACAUGGUAGCAAACCACAUCAUUCACCUGAGCCGGACUUGAUUCAUGAGCUUCUUGGACACGUACCAAUGUUCGCUGAUCCCUUGGUGGCGCAAAUGAGUCAGGAUAUCGGUCUGAUGAGCCUGGGCGCUACCGACGAACAAAUUGAAAAACUGGCCACUGUCUACUGGUUCAUCAUUGAGUUCGGUUUGUGUCGAGAAGGUGGACAGUUGAAAGCGAUUGGUGCUGGAUUGCUUUCUGCUUAUGGAGAGCUGAUGCAUGCCUGCUCAGACAAACCUGAACAUCGUGAUUUCGACCCGGCCAUCCAGGACAGCGACUAUCAACCGUUAUACUUCGUCGCUCAGAGCAUUGAAGACGCGCUGUCGAAGCUCAGAGAGUACGCACGUUCUUUCGAGCGUCCGUUUGCAGUCGUGUACGAUCCAUUUACAAGGAGUGUUGAGGUACGUGAUUUAAUCUCGUUAGAUCCCAUAGGUGUCCUGGGAGAAGAAGAAAAAGCUCACAGCAUGUUAUUCGUGAUUUCGCUGAUUUUGAACCUGCUCUACAACGAUUCCGCAUGGAAUUCAGCUCUACCAUUCGUGCAAUUGACAAUCUGA